ACAACUCUCUUUCAACUUCUGUAAAUAUUGCUUGUAUCCGAAAUACAGUAGGGAUAAUGAAAUCAGUAGUGUCGUUUUUCAAUGUGUCGGCCAAGAGAAAUCAAGUUUUAAAAUUAACACUAGGGCGUCAGUUAAGUAGUUUGUGUGAAACUAGAUGGGUAGAGCGACAUGAAGGAGUAAUUCAGUUCAGAUCUGGGAUUCGUCAGAUAGUUGAAGCACUCACAUCUAUCUCGUCAUGGCAAGAUCGCACAACUUCGUCAGUUGCAGCGACUUUGCUCAACUCUUUAUGCACGGCUGAGUUUUUAAUAUCAAUGAUGUCAUUGAUUGACGUUCUAAAAGUCUCAUUGCCGCUCAGUCGACUUCUACAAACACCAUCACUUGACACUAACCGGGCAUCUACCGCAGUCACCAACACCAUGGCAACAUUAAAAGAAAGAAGGAUUAAAUGUAAUGAUAUAUUCAAACAAAUAUUUUUUGAAACCAAAGCGCUAGCAGAGGAGCUGGAUGUUGAAUUGAAGUUACCAAGACGUACGGGCAGUCAAACUAAGAGAUCAAAUCACCCAGGAGACGUAGAAGAGUACUACAGACGAUCUAUUUAUAUACCUCUUCUUGAUAAUGUUUGUGCUGACUUAACAUCCAGGUUAAGUUAUAGCUCACUGGAAUGUUUUGGCCUACGAGGAAUAAUUCCCACCAAUAUAGUUGAGGAUGCCAGAGAAAAAAAUGAUCUCAUUGUCAAUUUAAAAAAAGGUUUCGAACAGUUUGCACCUAUUAUCGGUGAUGGAGAUACCCUAAGUAAUGAAAUUCAGUUUGAAGGUGAAGUGGACCUGUGGAAAAAUCACUGGAAGAUGAAGAAGGAGAAAGAGCAAAAUGUAAAACUCCCUGAAGAUAUAUUGAAAGUGUUAGACUCCUGUGACCCAAAUAUAUUUCCAAUUAUCCAUGAUGUUCUCAAAAUCUUGGCCACACUUCCAGUCAGUGUGGCUUCGGCAGAAAGGACUUUCUCCACUUUAAGAAGAGUAAAGACUUGGCUGAGAUCAAGAAUGGGAGAAACACGUCUCACGGGCCUUUGCAUGCUUCACGUUCACAGGCAUCUUCAAGUGGACACAGAUAAAAUAAUAGAACGAUUUGCAAAGAAAGGUGCAAGAAGGCUUGAGUUUGUGUUAUAAGUUUUGUAUUUUGAACCAGUAUUUGUUUUAAAAGCCAUCUUGUACACAAUAAACUUGUUUUCAGUAAA